AUGGGUAUCGAACAUGAUACUAGUAAUGGUAACAAUAAUACUAGUAAUGGGGCAAUACUUUCAAAAAGAAAUAGCAGUGGGAAAAGAAAACGAUGUAAUAUUGACGAAGUUGAAAAGGUUUUCGUCAAAACUGGUAAACAUAAUGUAGAAUGUUUAAAAAAAACAGAAUUCACUAGUUAUGCUUGGAUAACAUUUACAAAAUAUCUACGAUAUAAUAGAUAUUUAAACAAAGUGUCUGUUGCACGAAAGUCAAAAUUAGAAAAAAAAUUAAUAUCGCUGCAAUCUAUGACACAAAUGUUGAAAGCUAAAAAUUUGGUAACAGAAGAUGUUGCAAAUGCCCUGAAGGUUAGUAAUUAAUAAUGCUUUGAAAC